AUGCAUUUAAAUCUCGAGGGAGAUUCCAGCUCCAGACCAAAGAAUCACGUCUUGGUGUUCGGCGGAAAUGGCUUCAUGGGCUCAGCCACAGUUGGGAGGUUGCUACAACGAAAUGGCGAUUUUUAUGAUAUCACAAUAGUAAACAGAGGGACAUGGUAUUGGGAUUCCGCUGUAACGAUACGGCCGUACGUAAGAUAUUUUGCGUGCAACAGAGAAGAUCCCCUGGGCCUUUGCACGGGAUUAAUUGAUGAGUAUCUGGCAAGUUUGCCACCGAACUGGUCAGAGGGGAAGCACAUCACUGCGGCCACACUGGUGGAACCGAGGCCACGUGUGCCAGCCUCAGGGACACCGUACCAGCGUCCAGUUAUUGAUACAGGCUGUCCAGACGGAUGGGUUCGGAGUCCGGCGCAACCACCAUUCUGUUACAAGUUGGUUGAAACACCCAAACUGCCACACGAUCUUGCUGAGGCCUCCUGUGUCGUAUCAGGAGGUCAUCUGGUGAGCAUCCUUGACGCUGAGGAACAGGCCUUCGUCCAGUCUAUUGUAGGCAUCGAAAAUGCGGUCAAUUCAAGCUUCACGGGCCACGAACAGUCUGACUUUUCUGGAGAUGGAGAGACGGGCGUUUCCCAGAAGCCAGUGUCGCCUAGUUCGCCAACUACUGAUGAAUGGUUUCACAUCGGCCUUGACGGACUAUUUCACUGGACUGACGGCAACAGCGCUAAAUAUGAGAACAUGAAUCCUGGAGAUGUCGCUGACAACUGUGCCGGGUUGUUUUACGAUUCACUCGAUCCACCGGAUAAACACGGGAUGUGGAAAUCGCUAAAUUGCAAUGAGGAAGGGAAGUUUAUGUGCAAGCGACCGAAUGACAGGCGCCUGUGCUUCCCCGAGUCCCACUUAGUAGACGACAAUGUUCCAGUCUGUGUGAACAACUAUCGACCUUGUCCCGCGGGUUACAACUUUCGACACAGGUCUUCCUGUUACAAGUUAUAUAUGACUGAACUUACUUGGGAUAUGGCGCGAGGGAUCUGUGCUAAUGAUGGCGGCAAUCUGGUAGAUUUUGAAACCCAAGCAGAGCUAUUAUUCAUGGGCCAGUAUCUCGGCAAUCAUAUGCAUAUUACUAAUCAGUUGAUUUGGGUGAACAGCACCAGUUGUAUGACAUUAUACUGGGAUAAUGGGGCGCUGUCUAAUACGCCGUGCGAAGAUAAGUACCAGUUCGUUUGCGAAAUUGAUAUGAACGAUGUAUUUGAUAAAGAUGCUUACAGAUCGUGCCACGAUGUAUUCCCGACUGGUAUGAAAGCAUGGAUAUAUCCAUCACCAAACAUUCCCCCCAUUUACGCCAGAUGUGAAGAGGCAGAAAUUGGAGGAUACAACGAUUUCACGAUUUACGGUGACAGAGAUUAUCAGUUUCAAAGCAACAGCAAUGUGUCUUUAGCUUACUCGUAUAAGGAAAAAAGGCUGAAUUUAAACUUUCUGUCCGCCAUUACGGAUGUAUCAUUAAAUUGUGAACAGCAUAUUGGAGUCAGCUGCAUCAAUGCGACCGUGUUUGGAGGCAGCACGUGGUGGACCUCGCGCCAGGGUUACCCAAUCACGGGCUGGGGAGCACCAAUCAAUAGUUCAAACUGCGCAUGUAAUGCAACCUUUGAGAACACGUGUGUGGAUAAGAGAUUUGCCUGCAACUGUCAUUCUAGACAAGAAACGGCCGAUAUAGCUGUGAUAGACGAUAAACGGUACUUGCCGAUAAGAGAUCUGCAUAUUACGGGGUUAAACGCAAUUAAUUCAGUUGUGAAUGUGUCGACGCAUAUAACGAUCUGCGAAACAGUUCUUGUCAUGGAUCUUGGAGUACUGGUUUCCAACCAAACAUAUUACGUAAACACGAAGUGCAAUGAAAACGCCCCAAACAUACACACAGGUGGACGGAGCGUUUUAUCAAAAGGGGACACUGUGUACAGUUUCACUCUAGAAGACACCAACGACAUUUGGAUUUCGUUGGAUUAUGAAGACUAUGAUGCUUUCAUUGAAUUAUAUGGCGCCAUUGAUCCCAUGACGUCACAACCUCUGCCUUCAAGCAUAAUUGUUAGAAACGACGACGGAGAUACAAGAUUAAAUCCUGAGAUUCAUGUUCGUCUACAGGGACAACAUACCUAUUACUUGACGGUCAGUACUUUAGAAAGCGACCCAAAAGGACCUGAUAUUAUUGAAAUGACGAUCGUCACCAAUGGUUCACACGGUUAUCAGACAUUUGAUGAAGAAAUCGUUCCAUCAAGAGUUAAUUGCAUGUGCUUGGAUUCUGAUAUCAAUAGUGUGUGUACGAGAGGGAGGUGUGAGUGUAGACCUGGGUUUGCACCGGAUCAUAUGGGUAACUGUGAGAAAGUGCUGGGAAUGGAUUGCAAUCAUGACCUGGAUUGCGCAAGUUACGUAUAUGGCAGCCAUUGUGUCCUUGACGAACCUUUUGGGACAGUGUGCAAAUGCAAACCUGGUUGGUAUGAGAGGAAUUUCGAGUGCUCACCUUGCCAUUGCCUUUGUGACGGUAACGGUAACUGCACCAACAGCGGAGAUCACAGGGCCGAUGUGUACUGCACGUGUGAGCCAGCAAGCCGAACAGCAGCGGCCAGCGAAGCCACUCUUUCAGGGAAGAGAGACAACAUGGGUAAACGCUUCGUCCUGUCAUUCUUUGGAAACGCACUACUGUCGUCUUUCACUUGCACGGACGAUAAAAAAGAUGUGCGUUUGAUGUUAAAGAUGACAAGUUAUAGUGACACCCCUGCUGAUGUCCGAGUGUCCACCCCAUUGCACCCUGACUAUCCACCAGUAUCAGUCAGUGUCCAGAAAGGCAAAGAGACUACGGUGAGCAUGCCAAGAGCGCUUUUCAAGUCGAACGCGACCGGUUUUGCAACAGACAGCAUCUUAGUUGAAAGUUCCCGUGAUAUUGCAGUAUUUGGACUCGCAGAAGGACCCGGUUUCUCCGGCGGAUACCUUGCCCUUCCAGUUGAUGUAUUAGGCCAAGAAUACGUCGCCUUGUGCUCCAUUGACUCACGGCACAGUGAUGAUUAUUCCCAGCAUUCGGAAAUCAUCAUCAUUGCAGUGGAAAGCGACACCAGGGUUCGAAUCACCAUGCCAAAGGUAGAGGGUGUUUUCGUAAUAUACAAUGGUAGCGAGUUCACAAGGCACCGUAUGUUGGAAAUCAGGCUGUCCAAGUAUGAAACAUUUCAUAUUCACAGUGAGGCGUUCUCUUUAACUCAAACCUUCAUCAAUUCUGACAGGCCCAUUGCCGUGAUAAGCGGUGCCAGAGAACAGUUUGGCUCCACGAAAGAUAUCGUCCUAGAGAUGAUGCCGCCGAUGUCGGCAUGGGGAAGAAUGUACACCAUGUCACCAAGGCAUUCAGAGGCCAGCAACAAUUGGACCUUGGUGAUUUUGUCCAGUCGCUCUGAACAGAGUUACGUCGUUGCACAAGGGAAUAAUCAACCAACUUUAUCAAUAACGCGCGAGAGGCAUGUAACGUACGAAACGUAUGCGCAGUCUCUCCUGACCAUUACCGCACGGGAACAUGACCCAAUUCUGGUUGGUGUCCAUACGUCUUGCAGGCAUCUUUCCAAGAUGGAACAACAGUAG